UUUUGUUUGGGUUUUUUUUUUUAUUGUUUCUGUUCUGCUUCAUAAUAGGUUGGCAUAAAUCGUUACUAGUGGAGUUAUAAGCAAACAUCUGGAUGACUAUACGGCUUUCUGGACAGACGAGCAUGAGCAGUUUUCUGAGACCUGGUGGACACAGGAUACCACCAUUCACUAUGGCAACACACCUCGGGACAUCCAGGUCUGACCUGGAGCGAGAUUCAGGCUUCUCAGAUGAAGUAUCUGAGUACCUAAGUGCAGUUGACCUGACUGACUUUGAGGAUGCAGGUCAGACUGGUUCCAUAGUAAGCCAGGACCACAAUGUGACACCACUGGCUGUGAUGAGAGGUUCAUACGCUGGACUAUCGCCAACGAUUAUCAUGAAUAACCUUGUCAUGAAGCAGCCGUCAGUCAUGGCGUCAGCAGAAAACCAGUGGGGAUUUCCUUCACCUUUGGAUGUGAUGCCUCCGUCACAGGUUGUUCUUCUUCAGCCCAUGCUGUCAAACACCAAAAGCAGCUCCCUAGCAGGUUCUGAAAAUUAUAAUCCGUCAAGAAUCUCAGUGCCCAUUCUCAAGACAUAUCCUCGGAUCGCCCCCCACCCAGGGGAACGAGCCGCCAAGAGGCUGGGCUCAUCUAGGGUGAGGGGGAGUUCAAUGUCAGGAUAUGACCAGCGACAGCGACGGCACCACCAUGGACACAGACCCUACAGCCCCCCCAGCCCACAGCCUGAAGUACAGACAGAAGCCAAACCUGUUCCCUGCUUUGAAGCAGCGAACCAUCAGACACAGACUGCUGACAGACAGGAUCUUUCCACAGCGACAGGAAGUGGCUCUCUGUUCCCUUUCACCUAUGACUUGAGUACAGUGACCAACACAUCCCAUGCCGACAAGUACCAAGAGGCCUUCUCUGUGGACAACGACAACAAACUGAAACGCUUCAGCAACACGUACAACAUUCUCAACAAGUGCGGCCUGCUAGGAAUCGCACUGCGCACAAAGCAGCUAAUCAAGGAGAACCGGCACACCCAAACCCUGCUGCAGCAGCUUCGGGAUCAGACGUCUCUGCUCCUGGAGGCUCUGAGAAGCGGAGACCCACAGCUGUGGACUCAACUCCAGAUCUCUCUGCAGGACACAGACAGGGACCAUCGGGGCACCCAAGCUCAGAUCGUUAUGGCUUAAAACUGUGAUGAUUUUAAGUCCAUGAUUCAUAAUUUUGUGGGUAAUUGAGAUAAAAUUUGGGACAUAAAAAGUAAAUAAGUAAACCUGGUUUGGGGGGGGUGUCUGUAUGAGCAAAUGUAAAUUCCCAAAUUUAAUCCCAUAGGUGAGUAUUUAUAGAAUGUUGACGGGGAGCUUCUGUUACAGAAGAUGAAAAAUUGCAAUAAUGAGAUGAAACUAGAUGCGUGGCGUGCGCAUGGUGUCUGAGCUGCCACCAUUUAUGUGUAUCCACAUAUUUACACUGGCAGCAUUUGUUGUGCCACUGCUACAGCCAGCUCAGAUAAUGGCUUUUCCCCCCACAGUUGCCAUCUUCUGUGGAGUAACAGCAUUUUUUUUGCAAGUAAUUUUACAGGAUAAUAAUCAUCUUUUUUAAAUAGCUUUUCUGUUUCAUAAUGUCAUCUCCAUUCUGUGGAUAAUUGAGCUCUGUGAGUUUCUUUGUGGCACAUUUGGAAAAAGUGAAGACUGAAAAAGUGAAUUGUAACAACUCUCUCUCAUUCACUAAAUAGUAAAGUCAGUCCCUUCGGCUGCUCCCUUGUUUGCACUUGGGGUCGCCACAGCAAAUCCAAGGUGGAUCUGCAUGUUGAAUUGGCACAAGUUUUACGCCGGAUGCCCUUCCUGACGCAGCUCCACAUUACAUGGAGAAAUGUGGCAGGGGUGGGAUUUGAACCCGGAACCUUCUGAACUGAAACCAAGCACAUUAACCACUUGGCCACCACCCCUGCUCUCUCUCAUUCACUUAAUGGUUUAUAAAAAUAUAUUUCAUUUAUUUGACCUCAACCCAAGGCAUGGAAGCUACAGUAGCAGGUGUUAAUUAUUUAUAGUUGUCGGUAUGAUAUCAGAAACACUACCAAGUGCCUGCAGAUCAUUUCUGCAAAUUUCCAGUUGGAAUCUCCAAAGGAGUACUAUAGCAGCUGUCUGUACAAGAUGCAAGUGGAGUACAAGCUGUAGCACAACAGCCGAAAUGAGGGGGGGAAAAAAGACACUUUACAGCCACUGUGCACCCUCAGUACAUCUGAUGUUUCAACCCAAAACUCUACAUGUCCAUCACUGAGAAAUAUUUUAAAGCAACCGCGUAGGAUUUAAUAUCACCUAGUGGUGAUGUUAAAUGGACUGCAUUUAUAUAGUGCUUUUCCCAUCUGCAUCAGACAUCAGCAAUAAUGCCUCACAUUCACCCAUUUACACAAACACCGAUCUCUGGGUGCAAGGCACUCACUACACACUGGGAGUAACUUGGGGAUUAAGGACCUUGCCCAAGGGCUCUUAGUGAUUUUCCAGCCUGGCUGGGGUUUGAACCAAGGAUCCUCUGGUCUCAAGCCCAGCGCCUAACCACUAGACCCUCACCUCCCCUUGUAGAUUACAUUUUGCCAUCCCUGGUCAGGAUUUUGUUUCUUCGCACUUUUGCUUCUUUGGAGAUGGGGAUUCAUUCAUGCUGCCUUACCAUGUCUUGAUGACCAAUGUGUAUGAGGGUUCUCCAACUUGCUAGCCUGCGCUAGCAGCCAGUAGGUAGUGCAGCAAGUGAUUAUUCUGGCUACACUACAGAAUGUGACAGGCAGAGUAAGUUUUGGGCUACUGUAUGAACAUGGCAGCCUCCUGCAGGGAGCCCACUUUCUCACACAGAAGAGAUAUGACAGCCGUUAGGUUUUAGAGGGUUACAUAAAUCCUAAAUGGAUUGAUAUUUCUUUAAUUGCCGGUUUUCUUCAUUUUAAAUUUUCCUGACCUCGAUCAAAACUUAAUGAAUAGCAUCUGUAUAACUAUCUUAAACUCAUGAUUUCUUUAGUACAUCAAUUCAUGAACUAUCAUUUCUUGGUCCACAUAUCACAAGUAAUGUUAUAUAGCCUUGUAGAUGUUUUGUUGCCAUGUCCAUUGCUGCUGUUUUAAGCAAAGUGUGUGAUCUGUUUAGUUUUACAAAGUGGAAAAUUACACUCGAUUUUUACUAUUGCACUCUAUGCUUUGCAUUGUAGUUAAGUGUUAAGUGAUUUGUUGCUACUAUAUGUUGCAGUAGCACCAGUAUCUCAAAACACCAGCUUCCUCUUGGCCACUCCCCCUCCUCUGCAUCGAGGGGUAGGAAAGCUGCUCGAAGGGCUCCAUGUGGAAAAACCAAACCUUUGUUGAUUCUAGUUUGACCACUUUCUUAGUCAGAGGUCUUAAGAUCCUUGGGUCACAGGAACAUAGUCAUUUACAUUGAAAAUAUCUGUUGGCUGCUGCGUUAAUGUUUCAAAUGCCUUUUAUAGCACCUUUAACAUGAUCGGUUGAACGCUUGUAUUUGCAUUUUAAAAUGAGUUUUCCUGGUGUUUAUAAAAGUAUGACUCCCACUAAUGUUUUGUACUAUCGGGAUGGUUUUUUUCUUCCUUAUGCUUCAUUGUUGUUUCUUUCUGGGCUUCAUGCAGAACAAACAUAAUCGGAGUAAUUAAACUCCAAUGUGUACA